CAGACAAGGCUUCUUCUUUGGGGGUUGCAACUUUAUCCCUUGCGUCGUUGGAGCUCUUUCUGUCGGCGCGGCUUGAGACACUAUACCAGUUAUGACCACCUCGGAUGCGGUGUCUGUGCGAGGCUCCUCCUGCUCCUGUCGGACACAUUCUGCGGGCAUCUCCUCCACCGGCACAGGUUCAACACACACCUCGGGCUUCUCCACCACCAUCUCCAGUUCAACACGCACCUCGGGCUUCUCUUCCACAGCCUCCGGUUCACCAUGCACCUCGGGCUUCUCUUCCACAGCCUCCGGUUCACCACGCACCUCGGGCUUCUCCACAGUUUCCAGUUCAACACACACCUCUGUUUUCUCCACCAUGUCCGGUUCAAAAGGCACCUCGGACCUCUCCUCCGCCGCCUCAGGUUCAACAAACACCACGGGCUUCUCAUCUACCAGCUCAGGCGCCUGUUCCUCAGGUUCUUUCUGCUCUGCUAUGACUGACCUCCUGGUCCUCUUACUUGGCGCUCUCGCCGGGGUUGCAUUGCACUGCUGCCCGGAUGGGCGACGCACCAAUCUGCCACUGCGGGUCCGCGUGUUCAUAGCUGGUUGAUCUUGGUCGUUCUCCUCUCCAUGUGUUUCUUUGGAAGCGCUGUUUACUUCUUUGCCUUUCGCCAUGUUUUUCAACGCGACAGGAUAUCCCACGUGUGACCAGUGAGUCGGUUCCGUAGUGUUUACGUACUUCCGUGUCUUUGUAAACAAGGUGUUUUUUCCACUACCGCCACCAUUCGCUCAGUAGAUGAACUGCAUAUAAAUGUUGUGACCUAUAGGAUCAAAUGAAACCAAGAAUUAAUAAAAUAAGGGUAAAAAUUGAUAGAAUAAUCCACGUAACAUAAUAUAGUCAAUCUACGAAAAUUUUUAUUUAUUUUAAAAAUCAAGAUAAUUUUUCUUCGUCGCUUCCAGGACCGCACCAUCCCGAAUCGCUAAUGCAAUGCUACCACCUAAUGACCAAAAAGCGUCAUUACAAUAUAUACAAGCACAUCACAUGAUUAGACUUCCGCACCACAAGAUGCAGCAUCAGAAUUCCUUUUCUUUGCUACUAUCCAAUAUAUCAAAUUAAAAAACGUUUGCUUCGGUGUCAAAAGUCGGAUUUUAUUUUCCAAAAUUGGGAUUUAUGUAAUUUAGGGAAGAACCAGGAGCAGAUUUUGGCGAGGAUUCGUCAUGUCUCUGGUGGGAAUCGCAAGUUUCCUGCUGCUGCUCGUUGGACUCUCACAAUCCGUGCCGCCGUCCUUUAGCGUGGACUUCAAGAAUGACUGCUUUCGCAAAGAUGGAGAGAAGUUCCGCUACAUUUCAGGCAGCAUUCACUACAGCAGGAUCCCAAGGGUCUACUGGAAAGACCGACUGCUUAAGAUGUACAUGGCGGGUCUAAAUGCCAUUCAGACAUAUAUACCGUGGAACUUCCAUGAGGAGUCGCCGGGCAGAUACAACUUCAGCGGAGACAGAGAUUUGGAGCAUUUCCUUCAGCUGGCUCAGGAUAUCGGACUUCUGGUCAUCCUUCGACCGGGGCCUUAUAUUUGUGCCGAGUGGGAUAUGGGAGGACUGCCUGCCUGGCUUCUCCAUAAGAAAGACAUUGUGCUGCGCUCUUCAGAUCCAGAUUACAUAGCAGCAGUGGAUAGCUGGAUGAGCAAAUUGCUGCCAAUGAUGAAGCCCUUCCUCUAUCAGAAUGGCGGCCCUAUUAUCACCGUGCAGGUAGAGAAUGAAUAUGGAAGCUACUUCAAAUGUGAUUACAACUACCUGCGUCACCUAACCAAGCUUAUGAGAUCCUACCUGGGUGAAGAGACGGUGCUGUUCACUACGGACGGUGCCUCUCUGGGCUUCCUUAAGUGCGGCACCAUCCAAGGCAUCUAUACCACCGUCGACUUCGGCCCAGGUUCUAAUGUGUCUGCUGCAUUUUCCGUGCAACGACAUGCAGAACCUCAGGGACCUUUGGUGAACUCUGAGUACUACACAGGCUGGCUGGACCAUUGGGGCUCGCCUCACUCAGCCGUCUCAGCCAAAAAAGUGGCAGUGACCCUCAAUGAAAUCCUGGCCAUGGGUGCCAAUGUCAACCUGUACAUGUUUAUUGGCGGGACCAACUUUGGAUACUGGAACGGUGCCAAUUCGCCUUUUGCUGCGCAGCCAACCAGUUAUGACUACAAUGCUCCGCUCACCGAGGCCGGAGACCUCACUGAGAAGUACUUUGCCAUCCGGGAGGUGAUCAGAAUGUAUCGCAAAAUACCAGAAGGGCUCAUACCACCAUCAAGUCCAAAGUUUGCAUAUGGUGCUGUUAAAAUGCAACAACUCCAAACGGUGUCAGAAGCCUUAGAGACAAUCUCUUUCUCUGGUCCAGUGGAGAGCAUAUUCCCUCAGACCUUCAUUGACCUCAAUCAGGCGUUUGGCUAUGUGCUCUACAGGACUGAGCUGCCAGUUGACUGCAGCAUACCUACACCACUGGCAUCGCCGCUGAACGGGGUCCACGACCGCGCGUAUGUGUCCGUGGAUGGGGUGGCUGCAGGGAUUCUGGAGCGAAACAAAGUCAUAAGCAUUAAUGUGACGGGCAAAGCUGGUAGUCAGGUUGAUAUACUGGUGGAGAACAUGGGUCGGAUCAACUAUGGAAGAGACAUCAAUGACUUCAAGGGCCUCGUGACCAACCUAACAUUGGGCAAUGUUGUGCUCAAAGGGUGGACCAUGUACAGUCUCAGUAUCGACCAAGCGAUUGACCAAGGCCUUUUCUGGGCUACGAAGCCAACGUCGGCUGGCCCGAUUCGUCCUGCUGCCCUGUCACUUCCGGCAUUCUAUGGUGGAGCUUUCAUGAUUCCCGAUGGCAUCCCAGAUCUACCUCAGGACACCUACAUCCACCUGUCAAAUUGGCGCAAGGGCCAAGUUUGGAUAAACGGUUUCAAUCUGGGACGCUACUGGCCAUCGCGAGGUCCUCAGUUAACUCUUUUUGUCCCGGCCAACAUCCUCAGCACCGACACCCCCAACAACGUGACGGUGCUGGAGCUGGAGAUGGCCCCCUGCCUUUUGGGAUCGUGUACAGUAGAGUUCACCACCACACCCAUCCUGAACGCGUCGGUACAGAGCGACCACCAGCAGCAUUGGCCAAUGUUCGGAAAGGCUUUGCUUUGAUGAUAAGUGAGAUGUUUUCUUUUUGCACAAUGUUCAUUAGUGAUUCAAAUCUACAGUAUCUGAAAAUCAUCACUUUAUUGUGAUUGAUUGUGGCCAUACCUGUGAAUUUGAAUAAGUCAAUGUCUCUUCUGAGGGUAUAAUGCAAUUUCAGAUUUUUGUCACUGGGUUCAUCAGUAUUUUGCCCAAAUAAUUGUUUUAAUGCCAAAAUCACAUCAGGGAAAUACAUUUACAUUUUGUGGCACAAUGACCUACGUUUUUUUAAUGACUUUUGUUUUAGGGUGUUUUAUUUUAAAUCUGUUCUAAACUCAUUUUAAUGAAUUGAUUUUUAAUUAAA